CUGUGUCGGCUCUGCCGCUUUAUAUGAGGCGCUGGCCGGCCCGAUGACGUCGUUACGUGGGCGGGCAGUGCAGGUGCUGAUCAGUGCGGGGCAGGUGCGGGUGAUCACGGUCGGAGAGUAGCAUACAGCCGAGCAGCGUAGACUACAGCGGGAUUGUGUGCGGUGACCGGGCUGUGUGAGGUUUUAACAUGGACAGUUCUGGGUUUAGAAGAGGUCAAUGGGCCUCCCAGUCCCUCCGAGUAACAGCGAGAGAGCUGUCGCUUGUAAAGCCGAAGAAUGCUGCUUUAAUGGAACGAUUCUCCAAAUAUCAGAAAGCAGCUGAAGAGUCCAGCCAGGAUAAGAAGAGACCUAACACAGAAGCUCUUCCGUCCUCUUUUAAUCGAGGAUCCCUGAGCGUGUUAAGGAAGAAGUGGGAGAUCCCCGGUCCUGUUGCUCGGACAGAAAUUAAGCACAGCAGCAGCUUUGCCGUAAGGCAGAGAGUCAGCAGUCCUAAGAUUGAAGCAGUACCUGCUGUCCGCUCUGUGGUCGAAACCACCAAGGUCCGCUCUCCAGUGCAGGAACAAAGCCACUUCCGCUAUCCCAGUGCCUCAGAACCUCACUCUUCCUCCACUGAGGUCGAAAGCAUGGAACAAGACUUGGAGUCUGCAAAGUUGGACACCCCUGAACCUUCUCCUAAGAUUGAGAAGUUCAAUGUCCCUUUAAACAGCCUGAAGAUGAUGUUUGAGAAAGGUGAAGCUGCCAACCACAAGCAUCCUCAACGUGAGCCAGGAAAAAUAAAUGUUGGCCGAUUGAAUACUGAAAACCACAUCACAAAUGAAGACUCUGAUGCCUGCUUCUCUGAGAAAAGCCAUUCUAUUGGUUCUCCUGACAGCAGUCCUAGUAAACUCACAUCUCAGGCAAGUCUCGAAAUAUCUCAUGUCCUGGAAACCACCUCUCUUAAAGACAGAAUGGCUAAAUACCAAGCUGCUCUGAGCAAACAGACCAAGCCUGCUUCUCCUACAAGUGACAUGAAAACAAUUUGGAACGACAUGAAGUCAGAACAUAAGGAGAAUGUUCCUCCUAGCCCAGCACGCUCCAGCUCCUCUGUGGAGAGUGAAAAGAGAUCAGUAAGUGAGAACAGUUCUUCUACAACCCAGAGCCUGACAGAUAGUAAUGGAAAGGCUGAGGAUGAGGUUCAGAGACCCAGCAGUUCUCCUGGUUAUAAGCCACAAACAAGAGCGCUUAACCAGCUGGAGACCACUCCUCCCAAAGUUAAGAAGUUUCAGCCACCUCAAAGAGAACUCUGCUUUGGGUGUCAGAAGACUGUUUACCCUAUGGAACGUCUUUUUGCCAACCAGCAAGUGUAUCACAACAGUUGCUUUCGCUGCCAUCACUGCUCUACAAAACUCAGCCUUGGUAGCUAUGCCUCACUGAAUGGAAAUGCAUACUGCAAGCCUCACUUCAACCAGCUCUUUAAGUCCAAAGGGAACUAUGAUGAGGGUUUUGGCCUCAAACCACACAAAGAACUGUGGGAAAGCAAGAAAGAUGCCAGUGAGGACAAAGAGAAUAUUGUCCAGCAGAGUAAUACCACUGAAGACCCUGGCAGUCCUGUUGUUGAAGAUGCACCAAUUGCCAAAGUUGGUGUCCUGGCUGCAUCCAUGGAAGCAAAGUCUGCUAGUAAUAUGCAUGAGCGAGAAAAAGUUGAAACCAAAAAGCUGAGAAUUGCUUGGCCACCACCAGCAGAAUCAAGUUCUGGUACUAGUUCAGAGGAGAACAUUAAAAUGUUCAAGCCAAAAUGGCCACCGACUGAAGAGUUUCUGAAAACUGAAACUGAGGAAGAUUCUGACCUAAAGAAGCUUAGGAGAACGUCUUCACUCAAAGAGCGCAGCCGUCCAUUUAUACUUAGCUUAGCAAAACCAGUUGUCACCAAAAGCAGAAAAGAAUCAGAAAGUUCAUCUGGGUCACCACCACUAUUUCGAAAGCGUGAUUCCUUAAAACGGGAUGAUGUGGAAGCUGUUCUAGAUCAGGAUAACACAUUGCCCUUAAACACUAAAGCACAGGAUGAAACUCCUUCAAACACUGAAGAUCAGAGCUUCUUAGAAAAUGGGGACAAUUCUGAAAUGGAGGUUUCCAAACAGCAACACUCCCCUGAGGAACCUACCCAUUCUACACACUCAAGCACGGAAGAUCUAGUAGUGUCCAAGGAGCUUUCUCCAACUCUGAAUCGGAGAUCUCAAGAUAAUGGCUACUUUGAAGGAGAAGAUGAUGUAGAAGAAUUAAGCGUCGAGGAACAAAUCAAGAGAAAUCGUUAUUAUGACGACGAUGAAGACGAUUGAUAGCAAAACUUUUGAAGAGGUUUUUAUGCUGUACAUGUCCCGGCCUUAAUACCCUAGAAAAAUUAAUCUCAUGUUGUAUUUAGUGUAAAGUCACAUUUUAAAACUUGGGCCCCAAAGCCACAUUUAAGUCGUUAAUUACGUUUUUCAAACCCUAAAUGUGUUUUUUGCUUUUGGUUUUAGUUUUUCAUCAUACAGGUUUUCAGUGAUAGGGAUGUAUAGCACUUUGUAGUACAAUUAUAGUAUUGCUAUCAAUGAAUCUGCCUUCAUGCUGCCAAUGGCAAAUGCAUAAUUGUAAUUUACUCUCGAUGCUUGCAGUUAGGCAUCAGGGGCUCCUGUUAGUACAACACCCCUCAGCAGAUACUUGUGAAUGUGUGGUACCUUUUAUGGAUUAUACUAUUUGAGGAACACGCAUGGUCAAGCUGAUGGACAAAUUAAAGCUCCACCUAUAUCCUGUGAUGGUGAAAUGGAUGGCUAAAUGGGAGGUUUUUUACCUCCUCCCUGCAGGAUGUUAUGCUAACAUUGACGCGCCACUUCUCAGAAAUCCUAUUUUGCACAGAUCUGUAUACACCAUUAUAUAAUAUUGUAGCAUUUUAGGUUUGUCCGAAGGUAAACUGUUCCCUUGGAUUUGCACAGCCAGAACUGCAUCAAUUGUGAUAUUUUAAACUGUCAAAGUAUGCAAUUUUUUAUAGUUUUGCAGUAUAUGCUUUGUAUAAAGGCUGAAUCUUUCAUCAUAGUCUGUUUUUAGGUGCUUUUUGUUAACUCUAGUGUUUCAAGUGCAAUGUAGAUGUAUUUUUAAUUCUCAUGAACACUUUAUGAUUUUAGAAACAAAGUAGUGAACUGGAAGAAAAUGACCAAAGUCCUAAUGUAUGUAGAGCCUUCAGUCAUGGCUGCUUACAGCAUUCUUCAGCCCUCUGUGGGUCAUAAAGUGCAAUGUGCUGCUUCCUUAAUAUGCUUUUACUAUGUCGUGGCAAUAAGAUUGACGUGUGCUUAAAGGCAACUGGUUAGCCAUUUUAUACUGGAAAGAUCUUUAUACUUAUGAUACACCAUUGAUGUUAGUGUGUCCAUCCCUACCUUCUGCUACUUUCAGAGGGCAGCAAAAAAUGGUGUUGAUGGGUUUCCGCAAAACCUUAGCGAAACUGGGUCUUGAGCCGAAUCCGUAAUAGGAGGAAUGCUGCCUGUCCAUUUACUUAGAGAAAGCAAAAGUUUUUUGUUUUUGUUUUAUGGCCACAAUCUUCCUCGAUGUUUAAUUGCACAAGAUGGCUUCCUCUGUAUAUGAACAGUGCAAUUUCUAGUUGGAUCAAGUUUUGUUUUACAUCUUGCAUCAGAAGCAGACUUUACUAUGCAAUAUACCGAAUACUUGUACAUUCCUGGUUUGCCGCUGAUGAAUGUGUGACACUUAAGCAGGGUCAUUAAAGACCUUCUGAACAUGGAGAUUUAGCGUUUUCACUUGUGAUUUCUGCAGCUUUAGCAGCACAAGUGUAAAAUACAUUUUAGUCACUGUUCUUGUAGCAUUUUUCCCACAAGCACUACAACGUGUAACAUGAGAAAGUGGUGUAAUGUCAUGUUCAAAAAACACUACAUAAGAAUAGUCUACAGAAUGGAUGAGAUUUGGUUUUCAAUGGCUGUGUAUGUGGGUUUUCUUUUUACAUAGCUGAUUUUAUAAUUUCCCUAAAAAUAAAAAAAAUUAAGGAAUUUUUUUUAUAUAUAUACAAGGUGCAGCUUUCUCUGACUUGGUGAAUGAGUUGUGAAAAAGUUAGUACUUUUUAAAAAAAAGUUGUAAUAUAUUUGUUUCCAAACCAAUCUGACAAUAAAGAGAUUUUUAUUCU